AUGAUACACAGUUGCUGUCAUCAUCAUCUUAUUUCUCUAAAAUCGUGCCCAUAUUCGAAAAAAUUAUCUGUCCCAUAUGACUUGGCAACUGAGAAGUACGUCUGGACAAAUAUUCAUUCUGCUAAUUACAUGAAAUACAACAUAGACUUCAACAAACUAAGCUUAAAAGAGUAUAUGUCAAACAGAUUCACUAACAAAAUAAGAGAUGAAAUUAAAAAACACUUAACUGUCCGACCUAGUCUGUCAGAAGGCACAGUAAGCUGCGUUUUGUGGGUGAAUCAGUUUCAGCAAAUUUUAGAGGCCUUUAACCUGUACAAUUUUGCCAUAUUUCCCUACCCAGCUUAUCCAAACAUUAUUGAAGAGGGGGAGGCAUACUUUGUCAGUAAAGUAGUUUUUCCAUUAGUCUUCCCUGAAGAAUGUGCGAGAGGCCCCAAAGAUGGACCCACCGUCAAAUAUAUAUCGAAAAACUUUAGGCUACUCAUUGGUUCAUUAUUACCCAGGAAACCAUCUCACAGGGUGGAAGAAAUUCUUCGUAAUCUGGAUUUAAGUUCUAUUGAGAGCAUUUCAAGGCAAUACGAGUGUAUAGAUAUUCUCCAAAAUAUAUGUACUACUGUCAAGGUGUCAGAGGAAUAUAAAGUUAUUAGACUCGUGACAGCAUUGUCAGAAAAAUUCAAAUCUUCCAUUAAAGGCCUAGCCAGGAAGUGGGAGAAACAAAUAGAUACUUUGACAAUUGAGUUGAUUCUCGAUGAUGUCAAAUGCUUGUAUCAAACGAAUGCUAUUCGGAGAUAUCACGAUUGUGAUCAUGACUCUAUUGAUGAGCAACCAAGAAAAAGGGCACGUUCACAUAUAGUACGGAGAAGCACUGAACAUGCUUGA